GACCCCGCAGUAUAUCUUUGACUUAACCAUUUCAGUGUUUUGCUUGGUCGUCGGUGGGUUUUCUUCUCUCUGGAAGACCAAAAUUCUACUCCCAUGGCUGCUUUUCGCCUGCGUAUCUGUUUGCCGACACUCGCCUUUGCUCUCUUGUUUGCUACCGCCUUUGCUGAGAUCCGGUCCACCCAGAUCCGAUCUGACGCCCGAUCCACCAUCCCUUUCGAUGAAUUCGGCUUCACACACUCCGGCCGUCUCAAUCUCUCCGUCACCGACUUCUCCUUCUCCGCUCCGAAAGGCCAGCCAGAUCCCCCCCUUUCCCAGCUCGGUUUCUUCCUCUGUACUCUCGAUGCUUGGAUGCACGUCCUCGAGCAGUUCCAGAGUAAGGAAAUUCAGUGCACCCUCGAAUCUGGCCUCAUCCAUAAGGUUUUCACCUUCGACCAAAUCAAAUCCCCCGCCCAUGAGUAUAGCGCCUCCAUUACAGUGUCGGAGGCAAACCAAUUCACUCUGGUGUUCGCGAAUUGUGUCCCCAAUCUGGAGGUUUCCAUGAAUGUUCACUCUGUUAUGUAUAAUUUCAACCCUAAAACGGGGCAGCUUGACUUUCUAUCCGCAGGCAAGACAGCUCUACCUGUGAUAUAUUUCUUGUUUUUCUUGGUGUAUUUGGUGCUGGGCGUUGUUUGGGUUUAUACGCUUUAUAAGAAACGCUUAUCUGUGUAUAAAAUCCAUUUCUUUAUGCUUGCGGUGCUGAUUAUGAAGGCCUUGAAUUUACUCUGUGAGACUGAGGAUAAAUCGUAUAUUAAGCGGACUGGGACUGCCCACGGCUGGGAUGUUCUGUUCUACAUAUUUAGUUUCUUGAAGGGGAUCACAUUGUUCACUUUGAUUGUUCUGAUUGGCACUGGCUGGUCAUUCUUGAAGCCUUAUUUGCAAGAUAAGGAGAAGAAGGUGUUGAUUGUUGUGAUUCCCUUGCAAGUUGUGGCUAAUGUGGCUCAGGUAGUGAUGGAUGAGACAGGGCCAUUUGGUGAGAGUUCAGAUACAUGGAAGCAGAUUUUCUUGCUUGUUGACAUUGUGUGUUGUUGUGCUGUGUUGUUCCCGAUCGUGUGGUCGAUUAAGAACUUGCGUGAGGCUGCCAAGACGGAUGGGAAGGCGGCCGUGAAUUUGAUGAAGUUGACGUUGUUUAGGCAGUACUAUAUCAUUGUUAUAUGCUACAUUUACUUUACGAGGGUUGUGGUUUAUGCUCUCGAGACUAUUACUUCCUACCGAUAUCAGUGGACAAGUGUGGUCGCCUCUGAAUUAGCCACACUUGCGUUCUACGUUUUUACUGGUUUCAACUUUAGGCCUAAGACUCACAACCCUUAUUUCGCGAUCGAUGAGGAUGAGGAAGAAGCUGCUGCCGAGGCACUUAAGCUCGAGGAUGAAUUCGAAUUGUGAGUAAAUUUUGGGUAGCGAUAAUGAAGAUUGGAAAGUUCUGUGAUAUGUCAAUUGCCUUGUAACCUUUUGAAUCAAAUCUCCUAGUUUCUUUUUGCAUACCACACCCCCCCUUGUACUUUGUUCCAUAUACGAAAUCCUAUGAUAAUUGUCUUGUUUGUCUGUUUUGUUGAAAAACCUGUUGGGCUAUUAGAUGUGUUAUACUUAUGUUUAAUGUUGAUUUACUAAAUUUGAUGGCAUCAUUUAUGUCA